AUGACAAGUGAUAAUGAUAAGUUCUGGCGAGUCAAGCUAUAUACUCUUGGAGGCAAUGGAGAAUGAAAUGACAGUGGAACAGGCAGGAUCAAUAUAUUAGGAAGACUUUUAUCUGUUGAAAGUGAAGGAGACCCUGAUAUCAAUCUCAUGAGUUUUGAAAUUGGCGACGAAGUUUAUAAAAGGCAGGGAAAUACCAUCAUAACCUGAAUGGAUAAUGAAAACCAUAAUUUCGCUUUGAGUUUCCAAGAUCCUGCAGGAGCUCAGAAGGUGAUAGAAGCCAUCUGCAAAAUUCAAAGUAGAGAUCCCAAGGACAUAAAAUUUGAAGAUGAUAAUGAUGAAGAUAUUGUCACUUUGCCAGUACCCAAAAUUGAUAACCUGGACAGCAUUAGAGAAAUAUUAGAAAAUUCAGUAAAUAAAGAUAAAAUUUCAAAAGCGGUUUUGUUUUCGGAUUUUUUAGAGAAACUUCAAAAAGUUUAUAAGUUUUUAGAAGAAGAAAAUAAUGAAGAAAAGCUCUAUGAAAUAUUUUUUUGCUACAAAGCAUUAGGUAAGAUCUAUUUAGUACAAUUGAACUCUCGUGAGAUUUUAGACAUCAUGCUAAGUGAUGAAUAUUAUUUGGAUUUUUUUGGGGCUUUAGAGCAUGACCCCUCAAUAUUAGGAAAAAGCUUUAAGUUAAGAGAAAUUUUAGAAAAUCAGGUAAAAUACCAAAAUGUGCUAGAAAUCGAAGAUAAAGAGUUUUUAGCAAAAAUUCAUCAUGCGUACAGGCUACAAUUUUUAAAAGAUACGGCUUUGUCAAGAUGCCUAGAUGAGUCCUCAUUUCAAUCUCUAUUAUGCUAUCAGCUAUAUUCCUGGCGAGAAUUAGUAGCUGGGUACCUUGAAUCUCAGGAUAUCAGAAAAUCAUUGUUUGAUAAAAUUCAAGCCCUAAACGAAGGAGCUAUUAAUUUCUUUUGCGAACUAACUCAACGAUCAAAAAAGACCUUGCUAGCUAACAAGGUGAUACAAACAUUUUUUUGGAUUUAAAAUUUCAAAUUGUAAAUAAUGGCUAAUUUAAUUAUAAUUCGCUAAAGAUUUCAUUAAUUUAAUUAUUAAUUAUUAAUCGAAAAAAGGGAUAUAUAAUGGUUUUUCUCGAUAGCUCGGAGGGGUAAGCAGCAUAGCCAAAACAUGCACCCAGCAGAUGAAAAUGAAAAUAGACUUUUAUGAAGAAAUCCAUAAGGAUGGAAUUAUGCUGCUACUUUACAACGCCCAAAAAGAAGCAAAAAAUAACGAUGAGCUAAAAGAAAAAAUAUUAGAGUUAAUAGGCGAAAUGUAUACAAAUAUGCUGGAAGUUGCACCAAAUAUCGUGAAAAGUUAUUUGAUUUCUGGAGAGCAAAAAGAAAGAGAAUUUGAAAUUUUAAAAGCGAUUUGUUCAGGAUUUUUGAAUUCGAAAAAUAUAGGAGUUCAACAAGAGGUAUCGAAAUUUAUUAAGGCAUUGCUGGAACCAACAAUAGAAGAUAAAAUAUUUUUAGACAUAUGCGAAAUAUUUUACAAUGAGCUUCUCAAUAGAUUUGCUGGGAAAAUGUGCAGCCCUAAUCUAGACCGUGAAGAAAUCCGUAUGUGUAUAUGUGAAAUUUUAGGAAUUUUUACCCAUUGUGUCGAAAAGCAUCAAGAAAGAAUCCGAACUUAUCUCACAAUGAAUGAAAUUUUGCAAAAAGCUUUAGAUCUUUUGCAACUUCAUGAUAAGCCCAUUUCUCUUGCCGUUUUAAAACUUUUCAGAGAAGUUAUCAAGAGAAACGACCCAUAUUUGACUCGAUAUGUUGUAUCUCACUCAUAUUUUCAACUAAUUUUCGAAGAAUUUAUCCACAACGGCCCGAAAGAAAACAUGAUUUUUUCCUCAAUUUUGGCAAUUUUUGAAGAAAUUAAAGCUGCGAAAAAUAAAGUUAUUAUAGAGCACAUCGUGCAAAGAUAUGUGCCUCUGCUAAAAGACACUGACCUUUCUCGCUAUUUAGAACAAAUUGUGAAUAUACACGCACAACAGAAGGAAGCUGAAACUGAAUAGUAAGAUCUAAGCAUAGUUCAUAUAAAAAUUGAAAUUCAAGAGAAGUCUCCGCAAAAGAAGAUGAAGAAUAUUUUGAUAAGAGCUCAGAUGAAGACGUGAUAACGCCAAUCAAAAGAAGCCCUGAAAUCUUGGAGUUGAAGCAGAUGAAUAAGCUUAAGAUGGAAUGUGGGGAAAUAGAAACAUGCAUCAGAGGAGAAAUGGAGAAUAAUGAGAAUGGGACAGCGGAGACAAAUGGGUGUAAAAAGCAGGAGAAAAAUGGUGCGGAGGGCAGCCAUGCUCAUUUAGAAUAG